UGCAGCUUCAGGUGGCUGGAGGGCAUUCCGAAGUGAUAUUACAAUGUUGCAGGAUUCAACAAGCUGGGGUUAAUGCAAGAUGAUACAAUACACAAGGACGAAGAUGUGAAAGAAGCCAUUAGGAGGCUCCCUGAGAACCUUUAUAAUGACAGGAUGUUUCACAUCAAGAGGGCACUGGACCUGACCAUGAGGCAGCAGAUCUUGCCUACGGAGCAGUGGUCAAAAAAUGAAGAGGAUAAAUUCUACCUUGAACCGUAUCUGAAAGAGGUUAUUCGGGAAAAAAAAGAGAGAGAAGAAUGGGGAAAGAAAUAAUCGUAUAGUUGACAUCUGCAGGUACAGCUGUCCUUAAGCAUUUUUACCACGUUGGUUAAAUGUGAAACACAAGAAGGAUGUGUUACUUU